GGCAGUUUCGGUAUUCUCAGAGGUGGUUGUUCCCGCAUGCAGUCGACUGGGAGUCAACUGCGACCUCCACACGGCUUGCAACGCCAAGAGGAGAGCAAUGGCGCCGUUCUCAUUGACCCUUCCAUCCUUUCUGAAACACACGGGCUUUCUACAGAAGGCGUCGGGUUUCUGUAAUGUCUUUCAGGGUUUCCCCCAUCGCACGUCCAGGUAUCGCAUGUGGAAACGGGAUUUCAGGGCAGUAUCCCGAGAAGUCGGUGAGCUACUGUCCCACCACCAGUCCGGAGCCAAAAACUACGCAGCAUCUGUAUGCAGCAGUUCCUCGGACGUGACAGAGAGGUUGUGGUCUGUUUACAAUGAGACCAAGAGGCAGACAGAGGUCACAUCCAUCAGCGCCGUUGACCCCGACACCAUUUUUGCCAACAACGAGAUGAGCCUGCGAGACAUAGAGAUCUAUGGCUUCGACUAUGACUACACCCUAGCAUUCUACUCUAGCCAUCUCCACACUCUCAUCUUCAACAUAGCACGAGACAUCCUCGUCACUAACCACCGGUACCCAGAGGGCCUGCGGAAGUAUGAGUAUAUUCCAAAUUUUGCUGUAAGGGGACUUCACUAUGAUGUACAGAAGGCACUGCUGAUGAAGAUAGAUGCCUUUCACUAUAUACAGUUGGGAACUGUAUACAGAGGUCUUCAUCCAGUUUCUGAUGAAGAAGUAAUUGCCAUGUAUGAAGGCUGCCAUGUACCUCUAGAAAUCAUGAGUGACUUCUAUGGCAAGAGUUCCCAUGGCCACACUAUGAAACAGUUCAUGGACAUAUUCUCCCUGCCUGAGAUGACACUCCUGUCAUGCGUCAAUGACUUCUUCAUGAAGCACAAUAUCGACUACGAGCCUGUCCAUCUCUACAAAGAUGUAAAGGAAGCUAUCAGAGAUGUUCAUGUCAAGGGCAUUAUGUAUCGAGCUGUGGAGGCAGAUAUUGAGAAAUACAUUUGCUAUGGUGAGCAAAGCCAUGCUGUGCUAAAGAAGCUGUCAGCACACGGGAAAAAGAUGUUCCUCAUCACCAAUAGCCCAUUUGACUUUGUAGAUCGUGGAAUGAGCUACAUUGUAGGAAAGGACUGGAGGGACCUGUUUGAUGUUGUGAUUGUUCAGGCUGACAAACCUGGCUUCUUCAAUGACAGGAGAAAACCAUUCAGGCGGGUGACAGACAAAGGUGCACUGCUGUGGGACAGAAUUCACAGGCUGGAAAAAGGGCAGAUCUACAAGCAGGGAAACCUCUAUGAGUUCCUCAGACUCACUGGCUGGAGGGGGUCCAAAGUACUGUACUUUGGAGAUCACAUCUACAGUGACUUGGCAGAUUUAACACUGAAACACGGUUGGAGGACGGGCGCUAUCAUCCCUGAGCUGCGGAAGGAGAUUAAAAUCAUGAACACACAGCAAUACGUGCACAUGAUGACUUGGUUACAGGCACUAACUGGACUUAUUGAACAGAUGCAGGUACACAGGGAUGCUGCAUCUCAAGCUGUAGUCGAGGAGUGGAUCAAAGAAAGAGAAGCCAUGAGGCCGCAGACAAAGGACAUCUUCAAUGCUCAGUUUGGGAGCCUCUUCCGCACGUACCACAACCCCACCUACUUCUCACGCCGACUCUCUCGCUUUGCUGACAUCUACAUGGCCUCCAUCAGCUGCCUGCUCAAUUACGACUUCCAGCACACCUUUUUCCCUCGCCGCACUCCUCUGCAGCACGAGUCCCCGUUCUGGCCUGAACACAGUCCUGGCUCGGACACCUCUUCUCCAGCUCCACAGGACCAAAGCAGAGUCUGAUUAGAAAAUAAGAGAAAAAAUUCACGAAAUGAAAACAGUACAAACUGUGUUGCUGAUUUACUGAAGUGUUUUCUUUUAGAAAUUGUAUUUAAGAAAAAAAUGGCUGUUUUUUAAAUGACGUAUACUGUAUGUGGUGGCAGUCUUAAAAACUGUUGUUUGUGAUCAUUUGAACUUGUUAUUUAUGUCUAGUCUUUCAAAUAAUUCUGUCUUAAAGGAGGGACACUGGAUAUAAUGCUAUUUCAGCCAAAAGUGUGCACCUUGCGUUACAGAGACAUUGAAUCAAGUGAUUUAUUUAAUGUGUUUUACAUAGUUUAAACAGUAGGGGGCAGGCUUGCAUUAGGUUUAACAUGCAUUUCUGCAUUUGCCUUUUUUUUCUUUUCAUCUUCUGGUGAAAUGAGAAUUUUACAUUCACAUUGCAUAAUCUGUUGCCUUAAUCUGUUCACAUUACUGCAGGGUGUAUAUUUUUGCAACAGGCUGAUAUCAUUUGUGGCAGUUAAACGUUUUAAAAUUUUGCCAGGCAGCAUCUUGGUUAACUUCAUUAUGUGCUUUAAAAUAGCACACAAUGCUCUUUCAUGUUCUGAGAGCUUUGUGCUUCGUAGUUCAAGCCAUUUUCGCACAAAACAGUCUGUGUCUCAUUUUAGCAGAUGAGAAAUGGUAAUAUUUCUCAGGAAGUGUCAUUGCUGUAUUUGAUGUGAAAGCUGCUAUUUGAUCUGUGAGAGAAGAUACUUUGAGGCUCUUACAUUUUGACAGUUUUACAGAAAAUGGGUGAAAUGUUUUCCCAUGGACUCGCAUGAACGCUGGUGAAGAAUAUCUUUGACACGUCAUAAAAAACUGGGAAUGUAAAAGGUGUGUGUGUGUGUGUUUGGCGGGGGGAUACAACCAAAACCUCAUAGUUUGUUUCUGUAGUUUAAAAUAUGUCAAUGAAGUGCAUUUUUAUGUUUCAUUUCACUAUUAAAACAUGAAUGGCC